AUGGAGUGGGAGAAUGACACCAGAUUCCAGGAGUUCAUCCUGAUUGGAUUCCCAACUGUCCCAGAGCUGCAAGUGCUUCUCUUCAUGGUAUUCUUGGCGGCUUAUUUGCUGACCCUCCUGGAGAACGUGGUCAUCAUCACCCUGAUCAAGACAAACAAUAACCUCCAGAAGCCCAUGUAUUUCUUCCUCAGCAACCUCUCCUUCCUGGAGGCCUGGUACAUCUCAGUCACUGUCCCAAAACUGCUGGCUAAUUUUCUAUUGGAGAGCAAGAGCAUCUCCUUUGUGGGAUGCAUGACACAACUCUACUUCUUCAGCUCCCUCAUAUGCACCGAGUGCGUGCUCCUGGCCGUCAUGGCCUAUGACCGGUAUGUGGCCAUCUGCAACCCACUGCGCUACCCUGUCAUGAUGACUCACCGGCUCUGCCUGCAACUAGCAGUGGGCUCCUGGCUAGUGGGCUUCCUGGCUUCCAUGCUGAAGGUCAUCUUCAUUUCCCAGCUGUCAUUCUGUGGGUCCAAUGUCAUCAACCACUUCUUCUGUGAUAUCAGUCCUUUAUUGAACAUGGCCUGCACAGACAUGACGGUGGCAGAGAUAGUGGACUUCAUCCUGGCUUUGUUCAUCCUUCUGGUCCCGCUGUCCAUCACCAUUGUCUCCUAUGUCUGCAUCAUCGGCACCAUCUUGUGCAUCCCCACCGCCCAGGGCAAGAGGAAGGCCUUCUCCACUUGCGCUUCCCACCUCACUGUCGUUGUCAUCUUCUUCUCAGCCACCCUCUUCAUGUAUGCCCGGCCCAAGAGGAUCCACCCUUUUGACUUGAACAAACUGGUUUCAGUGGUGUACACGAUUGUCACGCCCAUGCUAAACCCCUUCAUUUACUGCCUGAGGAACCAGGAAGUGAAGGGAGCUCUGAGGAGAGCUUUCUGUGGUGUGAAUGCUGUCCACAAGGUUCCUAUCCUGGUCACCAUCUCUCAGUAG